CAAAACCACCAAAGCAAGUAUUAAAGUUUUCAUCUAAAAAAUCUUUCCCUACAUUUCUCAUUUUUGUUUUACACGAGAUUAUGGCUAUCGGCUUACCUGGUAAUCUUGCUAAGCAAAUUCUUCGACGAUCCGGAUCAGGCUCAAACAAAUCAACUUCAAGGUUUCAAGAUGUGCCUAAAGGAUUCCUAGCGGUGUAUGUUGGUGCAGAGUCCCAGAAGAAGCGAUUUGUAGUUCCUGUGUCCUACUUAAGUCAGCCUUCAUUUCAAGAUUUGCUGAGCAUGGCUGAAGAGGAGUUUGGCUUUGAUCAUCCAAUGGGUGGCUUGACAAUCCCCUGCAGUGAAGAGACAUUUACUCAUGUCGCCUCUUGCUUGAGCAGAUCAUAAGAAGAGAGUUGUUCAAUGACAAUUUUGAAUAGAAAUUAGGUAGGAUAGGAGUAAUUGCAACAUGUAGAUAUAAGCAUUUGCUCAGGGCUAACCCAGUGCAUGAUACCAAUAGAGGGAAGCAAGAGACCUAGAGAAUAAACCAGGGUAACAUAUUACCAGCAACAAGAAACUCCAUUGCAUGGAACACGUCAUGAUAUUUUCUUUCAAGAUUUGGUGAUAGCACACUUCUUGGUGACCCACUCGCAUAAAUACUACCAUUAACUUGAAACUCGGAAUGAAUUCUACACGGAGAUGUUAAUGUAAUAUGUUUUCACCUUUAGCCAUUCCUUCUCUGCUACGCUGGAUGCCACAACCGCCAGGUCUUGCCUCAUGUUCCAUCCGCCUUCUAAGAACUGAAAUCACUUCAAAACAAAACUUCAUUACAUGCAUCUAACCUUGUCGCUUACAGUUAUGGACAACUAGAUGAACCAUAACAACUUCAUUAUUAAUAAUAUGAAAGUCCUAUAUCAAGUGUUCUAUUCUGAUCGUUCACCGGCCUAUCCAUCAAACUGAAGGACAUGCAUUCAGUCCCUACAAUUUGUGAUCUGAUUGGAAGACAGGCUCAUGUGACAGCUCAACCUUCAUUUUCUUAUAUGUAAAUCCUAUUAUUAAGGAUGAGUGAUCAUCCAGUAGCCUACCCCUCAAACUUGUAGGGUACGCACCAUCUCAGGCCCUAAAAAUUGUUCCCACAGGAAGACAAGGCCAUGUGACGACUCAUGAGCUAUUGCCCAACUGGGUUUCAGGCCUACUCUCCAAACUGCGGAGGAUAAGCAAGAACCCCUCUAUCUAUAUAUAGAUCAUCAUGAACAAACUUCGGAACCAACAGAAAAACAAGUUCUCAGUUUCUUAUCUUAAAAAAUCCUUUCAAUUCAACACCAAAUUUAGUUAAAAGAAUAACAUCAUGGCCAUUGGCUUACCAGGAAAUCUUGCUAAGCAAAUUCUUCGUCGGUCAGGAUCUGGUUCAAACAAAGUGACUUCAAGGUUUCCAGAUGUGCCUAAAGGUUUCCUAGCAGUGUAUGUUGGGGAGACACAGAAGAAGCGGUUUAUAGUUCCAGUAUCCUACUUGAGCCAGCCUAUGUUUCAGGAUUUGUUGAGCAUGGCUGAAGAGGAAUUCGGUUUUGAUCAUCCAAUGGGUGGCUUGACAAUCCCCUGCAGUGAAGAUACAUUUACUUACGUUACCUCCAGCUUGAGCAGAUCAUAAGAGAGGAAAUAAGGACAAUUUUGUAUAGGAAUUUAGAAGUGCAGGGAGUAAUUGCUCCAUGUAGAUGAUAUCUCUACUCUCUUUAAAGCUGAUAAAGCAUUAUGAGACGAAUGGCUGAUUUUUUACCUGUGUAUAUGUUAAAUAGAGAAGCUUUGAUUUUCACAUCAUAUGAUCAGUUUCCUCCUUCUUCUCUCGUAAUUAAAAAGAAUCCCAGCAUUGUCUAAUAGUCAACAUAUAUGCGCAAGGAAAAUAAUUAUCAAAGAUAGCUAGCAUCCGAACUGAACUUCACAACCUUUAUAACAGUUCCAUGAAUCAAAAACCUCUCCACACAAUCAUUGUUAGUUGUUACAUCUCCUAAACGACUACACAGAAACAGUGGACAAAACUGCCGAGUUCAAGAGCGGACUCCAAUCUAUUCCAUAUAGGCAAACCACACUUAUGUACUUCCACAAAUCUAUAAAAUUUAUCUUGCCAUAAACUCCAAAUUCAAAUUUUAUUCCGGUAAUUUUACAAAUGUACAAUAGCUACCAAUUAUUAUUUUACCUAUUGUUAUCAUGAAUAGUUUUGCUUAUUUCUGAAUGGUAUAGUGAUGUAGCCAUUGCCACAGGCUUGGGCAUAUUCAUGAUGCAAUCAAAGGGAAGAAGAGAACUAACGAAUAAAAAAUGCUAUAAAGCAGGGUUUACUUGUACAAGACAAAUCCGGUACUAACUCCCAUAACUCAUCACAUUGUCACAGAAAGGAACUUGCUUCCAUUUUUUUCAUUUUAAUGAUAUUACUUAUGUGUUGUUGAAAAAAAUGACCUGGAAACUUUAUAUUAGAUACUCAUACACAUAGGUUUUACAAGAUGAAAAGGGAAACAUCAUAUGAAAUUUGUGUAUUUAGGUUUUACAUGGGUUUUACUCCCAUAGAUCCUAAAAUGCAGUGAUCAGGUUCUAGAUUACCUUACCCGUACCCCUUCGGCCAGAUUGAAGAGAAAUUCCCCUUCUACCAAAAUCGAUGCGGCAACCACCACACGUCUUAACUUCAUCUUCCCUCUGGGUUGUUAGAUACAGACAUCAAUCUAUCAAAACUUGUCUGAAACAUGUCUGCAACAGAAAUGGACAACUAGCUUUACUAUAACUUCAUAAUUAAUAUGUGAAUGCCCUGUCCCAAUGUAUAUGUGGUGAUCCAUUAGCAUAUUCAUCAUACUUGUAGGGCACGUACCCUCUUCUCUGUCCUUACAAUUUGUUCCACCAUUAGAAGACAAUGCCAUGUGAUGCCUCACGAACUAUGUCUCAACUGGGUUUUUAGGCCCAGGAACCAGAUUGGGAAGGAAGAACACCACUAUCUAUAUAAGGGUCCUUGUGAACUUGCUUCAGAACUAUCACAAAACAAGAGUUCAAAGACUCAUCUGAAACUGAAAUCUUUCUCUUCUCUUCAGAUUCCUAACACCACCUUCGUUCAACAAACAAUCAUCAUGGCUAUAGGCUUACCUGGAAAUCUUGCUAAGCAGAUUCUUCGUCGGUCAGGAUCUGGCUCAAACAAAUCAACUUCAAGAUUCCCGGACGUGCCAAAAGGUUUCCUAGCAGUGUAUGUUGGGGAAAGCCAGAGGAAGAGAUUUGUAGUUCCAGUGUCCUACUUAAGUCAGCCUUCAUUUCAGGAUUUGUUAAGCAUGGCUGCAGAGGAAUUCGGCUUUGAUCAUCCGAUGGGUGGCUUGACAAUUCCCUGCAGCGAAGAGACGUUUACUGGUGUCACCUCUAGCUUGUGCAGAUCAUAAGAAUAUAGGAUCUAAACAUAA